CUCGCGGGAUAGAGAGAGGAAAUAUAUCUGCGCGCUCACAAAUAUCGCGGCCGCGCAAGCAGAGCGUUCUUAUCCCAAUUUCCGAGAAGCAGCAACGCGAGCUCUAAAUUGAGAAAUUCGAAUUUCCGAUCUCAUUCUCUUCCCUUCACUUUUCUCUUCUUCCUCCUCUUCUUCCUCACGAUGAGAGGGCUUACGAGAGCAUUUUUUGCGGCUUCCGCUGCUAAUUUCACCUCUGAUCGGAAGAACAGAGUUGGCGUCGACAAAGGUAUAACCGACUGGAGGACUCACCUUCAUCCCGAGAAGUUGAGACCAGCUCCGCAGGCGACCACGGGGCUCGGUGCCUUCGGAUUAAACUUGGAUGCAUUUGCGGAGCUGACAGACGACGAGGAUCGGUGCUGGUUUUUGGUUGCUGGAAAGCUGACCUACGCCGGGAUUGAGUACAUUGCAGGGCUGGAGGCUUUGGUGAGGUUAGGCCACACCAAAGAGGCGGCUCUACGGAGAGCGGCGACCGUCUAUACUCGGUACAACUAUGGUCGUUGGUUUCUAUGUUAUGAAAUAAACAAGCACUAAGGAACUGAUUUUUUCUGCUAUAUCAAAGACUGUCUCAUCAGAGCACAUAUCAAUGAUGCACAUAAUUCAUCAUUCCAUGAGAUCAUACAAAAACGAAAUAACAGCUUCUUGUAAUCCAUUCUUCUGCUUCUUAGAGAAAGGCCAAUCUGGACACGGUUUUAGCAUUCCAACUCGGUCUCCUCAUUGAAGCAGCACAACUCCUCCACUAUGAUAGAUACCAUCAUUCAUUUCAUUUGACUGAGCUAGCUCUACUACUGUAUUUAGCCUGUGAUUUCUCACUGACAACUAUCAGCAACAUUCAAAGAAGAUGCCAUUCUCCCACCAACACAGCAUAUGAAGCAAAAACAGAGGAAACACAAUAUCUGGCAGAAGCAGAGGAAAUACAAUAUCCGGCGAAUUGGAGACCAGCUUCGUAGGCGACCACAGGACUCGGCGCCUUCGGCUUCCAGGUGGAUGCAUGUGGGGAGUUGACAGAUGACGAUCAAAACUGGUUCUUGCUGGAAGGUAAGCUGAAAUAUGCCGACAUUGAAUACGUCGAAGGGGUGCACGCUUUGAUGAGGUUAGACCACACCAAAGAGGAGGCUCUACAGAGAACGACAAUGAUAUAUUGUAAAUACAACCAUGUUUGGUUUCCUGCCUUAGUCUUUUCUUACCCGGGCACAGCGAAAUCGGCGGUCGUGAAGGCUAAUUUGAAGCUUCCAAACAUCUAUUAUGAGCAACAAUUUCAACGCAAGCAUAUUACGAUAUAUUAAUGGUUGGUAAUACAUAUUUACAAUCACAAUAUCAUAAACAGAAACAAAUGGAUGACACAAUAAGAAUCUUCCAUUCAUUUAAUUACAAUCAAAUCAGUGAAUAUAUUACAUGAUCUCUAUUUGACCACCAUAUCUUAAAGUCCGCUUUUAUGAAUACCUAUACAAAAUUUUAUAGUGUUAAGUAGUUCAUUUAUACAGAAAAAGACAAUAUACACAUUAUAUACUAUAUAACCAAACAUGAAAAAUAAAAAAAACAAUGAAUGAUCGGAAAGCAACACAAAACACAUCUUAAAAUUCAUAGAAAAUACCAUAGGGGAGGGAGUUAUUUCAAUUGAUACAAAAAAAAGUUAAUUUAAUUAAUGAUACAGAUUUAUGUUUUUAUCUUACGAAUGGAAUGACCGAGGAAAAAAGAAAGCACAAGAUAAUUGAAAAGUAAAAAAAUUUAUUUUUGAAAAACUAAAUAUCAUAAACUUAUUUGAAACUGAAUGUAAAAAACACAACAAAAUGUAUCACAUCAACUUUUGCAAUUGUGUUGUACAUGUUACUAACUAACAAUAAGUUCGCCUAUCAUAAAACCACAUCAUGAUACAUGUGACAAAUCAGUUCUUAAAUCAUAUAAGAACAAAUAUAGUCUUUGUCAGCGGUAGGUUACUAAGUAAACUAUAGUAUGCAUUCAUUGUAUGUAUUAUAAGCAUCAUGUCCAUUCACGCAUCAAAGCAUUUCUCUUUCUCUUCCAACCGAGGAGAAAAUUCACGAUUGAUUAACAAGUAAGUCGAGUGAUAGAAAAAGAGAGAAACAUGAUAAUCAAUUACCACAAUUACC